ACUCUUAGAACAGCUGCCACUUCCGAGGGGGACAGAGAACAGCAGCUCUGAAAACAAUGAGGGUAAACACUCAUACUUAAUCAGGAUCCUGAAAACAAACCCGCUGAUAAAACAUGGCGUCUACCCAGAAGGCCACAGUCUAUCAGGUGUACAAGACAAAUAAAAAUGGGUCCAAGGUAGCAGUUUCUUCACACAGAGGGGCAGAGGUUGCUACCUCCACUCCUCAGCGGGGACAUGGGUAUUAUUCCUCAAGCCAGCGAGCUGCUGCUGCUGUCUCCUUGAGUCCUCCUCCUCCUCUUCCUCCUCCUUCCCAGAGAAGAGCCGAAGCCACAUCCACCACUCACCAUUCAACAUCAGACUACCCACGCUCUGUGUCCCCACAGCCAGGGCCUGGCCUCUCUGCAGUCUCCACUUCACGGGGAACUGAGACCCGAACAAGAAUAGAGGCAUCCCGCCAUCACUCUCCUCAUUACUCUCCUCAUCACUCUCCUCAUCACUCUCCUCAUCGAAAGAAUCAGUCAGUCCAGACGAUGUCCUCCUACCUCGCAGGAGUGCAUCGGAACGUCAGUCCAGUCAGGGAAGAGUCAACACGAAAAACUGAGACCAGGCCAGGGCGUGAGGUUGGCUACCAUUCCUCUACGACCUCUGAUGCAAAAUACCGUCACUUGUAUUUUACUGGAGAAAAAGAGGAGGACCCACCCUCCAAGGUCCAGAACCCCCAGGGGGUUAAAGUACCCCGUAGGAUUUCAGCAUACCCGAAGGAUGAAGCUAUACAAACAGAGCCCACCCGAAGGACUACUGCUGAGGUCAGAUCUUCAAGAAAUGUCUCCGUCCAAGAGCAUGGCAUCCGCAUGGCUAAUAACCCUCAGAUAGUCAUUAGAAAAAUCCCUCCCCAGGAACCAGAAGUUGGUCACAGCUCAAUAUAUUCAGAACCUAAGACCUCGCAAAAGAACACAAAAUUGUCAUCAGGCCUCAAACUUUCUGUCCUUAGAGAUUUAGAUGGGGCACCCCGAGCUGCUCCACCUCGACAAGAGCGUUCUGUCUGUACUGAGACCAAGCCCUCCCCAAAGAUUUUAAUAUCCGAGGCGGAGCACACUAUGAGAUCCCCAACUCGAGAACGUGAGGUCACAUGCAAGGUGACCAUCUCUUCAGGAAAACCGUCAAUGCAGUCACCUCAUCGUGUGACAUGUCGAACAGUGUCUGAAGGAGCCUAUAAGCCUCCCCUGUAUCCAGAGCUUUCAACAAAGCCCUCCACCCAAGCCCCCUCAGCAUUUGAGUUGACCCCUCGGCCUUUGCCCCCUCGGUCCUUACCUAGGUAUGGACCUGACUGCUCAUGGUGGGCCUUACUGAAUCCUAAAGUUGAAACGCCCCCAAACCAUUCACCAAUUGAUCUUGAACCUAAGUCACCUCCUCCCCUAGACCCUUUAGAGUCCUUUUUUGAAAUGGACUCAACCCCUUUCUGUGAGGACCUGAUGUUCCAGAGAGACAAAGCAAGCCUACCACCAUCCCCGAAGGAUUCUUUAUACCGAGUACCAUUGACAGAAGUGCAAAAGACCCCGAAGUACACCAGCAAACAACCCACUCAAGGGUUCAAUGCUUUCUUCCUAGAUGUUUCCGAGGAAAUGUACAACCGAAUCCUCUGGUGGCUGAAAGAUGAGGAGAUCAAGCACUUCCUGGAGGACAGCAGUGAUGAUGCUGAGCUGAGCAAGUUCGUGAAGGAUUUCCCAGGAAGCGAACCCUACCACUCAGCGGAGUCCAAGACAAGGGUGGCCAGGCCCCAGAUCUUGGAGCCAAGGCCCCAGAGCCCAGACCUCUGUGAUGAUGACGUGGAGUUUAGAGGCUCCUUGUGGCCCCAGACCUCUGACAGUCAGCAGUACUUCAGUGCCCCAGCCCCUCUCAGCCCUUCCGCCAGGCCCCGCAGUCCAUGGGGCAAGCUUGAUCCUUAUGAUUCCUCUGAGGAUGACAAGGAGUAUGUGGGCUUUGCAACCCUCCCCAAUCAAGUCCACAGGAAGUCUGUGAAGAAAGGCUUCGACUUCACACUCAUGGUGGCAGGAGAAUCUGGUCUGGGUAAAUCCACUCUUGUCAACAGCCUCUUCCUCACUGAUUUGUACCGGGAUCGGAAACUGCUCGGCGCUGAAGAGCGGAUCAUGCAAACCGUGGAGAUUACUAAGCAUGCGGUGGAUAUAGAAGAGAAGGGAGUGAGGCUGCGGCUCACCAUUGUGGACACUCCGGGGUUUGGGGAUGCAGUCAACAACACAGAGUGCUGGAAGCCUGUGGCCGAAUACAUCGACCAGCAAUUUGAGCAGUAUUUCCGAGAUGAGAGUGGCCUGAAUCGCAAGAACAUCCAAGACAACAGGGUGCACUGCUGCCUGUACUUCAUCUCACCGUUUGGCCAUGGGCUCCGGCCAUUGGAUGUUGAAUUCAUGAAGGCCCUGCAUCAGCGGGUCAACAUUGUGCCUAUCUUGGCUAAGGCAGACACACUGACGCCUCCUGAAGUGGACCGAAAGAAAUGCAAAAUCCGGGAGGAGAUUGAGCACUUUGGAAUCAAGAUCUAUCAGUUCCCAGAUUGUGAUUCAGAUGAGGACGAGGACUUCAAAUUACAGGACCAAGCCCUAAAGGAAAGCAUCCCAUUUGCGGUGAUUGGCAGCAACACUGUGGUAGAAGCCAGGGGGCGGAGAGUUCGAGGCCGCCUCUACCCGUGGGGCAUCGUGGAAGUGGAAAACCCAAGUCACUGCGACUUUGUCAAGCUGAGGACAAUGCUGGUGCGUACCCACAUGCAGGACCUAAAGGAUGUGACCCGAGAGACACACUAUGAGAACUACAGGGCACAGUGCAUCCAGAGCAUGACCCGGCUAGUAGUGAAGGAACGGAAUCGCAAGGACAGAUCCAGAAACUGAGAAGCUAAUCCGGGAGAAAGAUGAAGAGCUGCGGCGGAUGCAGGAGAUGCUACACAAAAUCCAAAGACAGAUGAAGGAGACUCACUAACCGGCUUUUGGACCUGAAUAUUUAAAUUUCUUCUUCCUGCCCAUGCCAGCCUCUAUUCCCUGCAUCAGCAGUGCUCAGGACCCCCCGCAGCUCCUACCAGUUCGCCUUAUAUCCCUGCUGACUUCUCAGAGACUCAGAGGAAAUAAACUAACCUAUUAUGUGGC